AUGGAUGCUGGUGACACUGCUGAAACUGUUGACACUGUUGAUGUUUCAAAAAUCGCAAACAAGCUUUUUGCAGAGGAGAUAUCCUCUGCUAAACCCGCGGAAAUUACCCAGUUUUUAGCCGGUGACGAUGCCGAAUCAACUCAAAUUAGAACUAUUUACUUCAGCAACUUUACCUGGCCAGCUAAUUUACUCAAAUCUAUGCGUUUGCUAUGCUCCAAACUAUACCUCAAGGCUGAAUCACAAGAGUUGGAUCGUAUAUUGUCAUCGUUUGCCCAAUCAUACUUGAAUCAACAUCCUCAAAAUGUGUUUUGCACCCAAAACUUUGAACAGAUAUACGUCAUUGUGUACUCAUUGAUCUUGUUGAAUACCGCUUUGCACAAUCUGGAAUUGAAUAGAAAGUCCCGUAUUCGUCAAUCUGAUUUCAUUAAAAACACAAUGUCCACUUUUUUAUUCCAAGAUGAAAAGUUACUGAAGAGCUUAUCUACAAAACAAAAGUUGUCUAUUGAAGUGACAUUGUCUGACUAUUAUGACGAUUUGGUUAAGAAUGAGUUGAUUUUGAAAACUGAGUCUUCAACUCCAUCAAACCGUCUCUCUCGAGUUAGUAAAGAGGAGGAUACCACUGCAGACAUCACUAGAACUACACUGGCAACAGCAACUGGCACAAAUGUAGAUUUAGAUCACGACUUGACCAGAAAGAGCUCCAAUUCGUCCAUUUGGUCUACUGACACCACCCAGCGGCACCAGCACCAGCACCAGCACCAGCACCAGCACCAGCACCAACAUCAACAAAAUCAAUUUUUCACUGGAUUGAAAAGAGUUUCAAGCGCUACUUCGGCUGUGACGUCGCUGACCGUACAAUCUACAUCUACAUCUGCACCAGCUAGAGUCGGACUUGCUCGAGCAUUAGCUGGACUGGCCGUUCGACAGGACCCCUCCGUGUACAAACACGGUAAUCACUCUUUAUUAUCACAAAGAUCUUCACCAGCAUUACGCCAUAGAUCUUCUUUUGAGCAGAGUAGCAACAGAAGAACUUCAGUCAUUUCAAGGAAAGUGGAUGACACAAUGUCAGUGUUGUCUUUGGAACUUGGUGGUGGUCAAAACUGGGAAGAAGAUCAAAAAGAUAUGGAACAGUUUGAUGUGGAUGACUAUCAGGAUGAGUACGAUUUGGAGUUGGAAUUGAAAGGUAGUCCAUACUUGAAGGAAGGUUUGCUUAAAUUGAAAAUUUUAAACAAUGAUUCAAUUGACGACGGCUCGAUAAGUCAAGUGCCUCAAGCAAGUCGUUUCUUUUCGUUUUUCCAACAGUCAAGAAACAUCAACGCAUUGAGUAAAUUUGUCGAUCAUUUCGUUGUUGUUUCAAAGGGAGAAUUAUCGCUUUACUCAUUUGAUCCGAAAGUCGUCAAGAAACACAAGCGUGGAACAGAUAUGGAAGAAGAUAUUGGUGAUGGUAACUGGCUACGCAAUGCAGUCAAACUAGGCACUUACAAUUUAUGCUCCACUUUUGCAUCCUUGGAUAAACUGCAAGCUGGUAAAGUUUAUUGGACAUUGACAUUCCCCAAAAUCACGCGCAAACCCGCCAAGAAAUUCAUCUUUGAGGCUGGAACGAAGGAAAUUGCGUUGGAGUUUGUCAAUACUUGUAAUUUCUGGGCUGCUAAAAUCUCAGCCAUUCCCACGUUGGAGGAAAGUGUAUCUUCCGAAGAGUACGGAUGGCUGAAUUUGAGCCAGUUGAUUAAACUGAAAAAAUCGUUCAAGAAGUUGAAGAAUAUUCAAAAAUGGGAACCUGUGUUGCAGGGAGUGUAUAUCUCGAACUUGUCCGUUAAUGAAGAGGCUAAUCAUUGGGGGAUGAUGAAUCAAUUCGUCAAGACGUCGAGCUACUAUAACCAUUUGAAAAAAGUAUAUCGGGAUUUUACUCAAUUGAGGCAAAAAUUUAUUGAUAGUUUUCCCAAAUCGCAAUACAAUGGAACCAAUUAUACCCGGGUCAUGACCAAUUUUGAUACCAAGAUUGAGCAUUACAAAUACCAACUCAUGGUGUAUCGAAGUUAUAUAAUCAUUUUGGGAUUUGCCUUGCAAUUACGGUUCGAUUUGCAUGAAGAGAAACGACUCCAAGCUAGAAACCAAAUAGACACCAAUUUAGAAGAUGAUUCGUCGCAUCACAGCUUGGAUGAAGCUAAAGAGGAAGAUGAUGAUGAGUUGACCAAAUUGGUCAAGAGCGAAAUCAAGAAAUUGUUUUUCAAUAUGAAGGAUAUCGGAAACAUUAUCCCAACUUUUAAGUCAUCGAAAUCGAUAAACAAUAUUGCCAAAUUGCAGGAACAGCAUCAGUUGGAGCAGAACAAGUUGGUCAAAUCGCCCAAGACUUUUACCUUGUCGAAUUUGAAGGAUAAUGAGUCGCCUAUUGCUCAGUUGAUUGCUACUUCGAAUCAAAGCUCUGGCUCGACACAGAAGGAGUCGAUGAUGGAAACUACAAUAGCAGAGGAAGAUGAAGAGGAGGAAGAGGAGGAAGGUAAGAAAACUCGGCAGGAGACGGAACCAGUCGCAGCGAGUAGUAGCUUAGCGCAGGGAAAGAAAAGUGAUGCAGCUAGUGUUGAACCGAACGGCGCAGUUAUCGAGAAGGAACAAGUGACAAGUGGUGCCGUUCCGCAUGAUUACGAUGAAGAAAAAGGGUCGGACAUUGAAAGCAAAGGUGAGUUGAGUCGAAAGGACUCUGAAAACACUAAAGUUGAUCAAGAAAGUAAUGCGGAGCAAGGUGGUGCAAAUGUAGGUGGCGGCGAUGCUGCAGGUGGCUCGCCUGUUGAAACUACCAAGAAGCCCAACUUGGAAGUCAUGACUAAAGAAGUAUCUGCUUUGGUUAUUUAG